AUGCCCAAGUGGCGCGACCAGUUCCGCGCGUGGAUCAAGAUUGACGGAGUCGACGCAGAGGAGUAUGGUGUGGAGGUCGACGAGGCGGAAAGGGUCGUGUCUUGCUGGAUUGCGUCUGAGGUGGGAAAAACCUUCAGUGUAGAAUGGGAUAUCCUCUGUGAUGAAAAUUCUCUCAGUGGCAAAGUUUAUAUGGACGGUGCUUGGUGUGCUGGAAAGUUGUUCAAUCUUGACAAGUCUUAUACCCUCCCUGCGCAUCGCACCUUGGCGGGUGCAUUGCGGGAGACGACGGUUGAGCACUUUAUGUUUGGAUCACUCACUCUAAGCGAUGACGAUACCUUGCUUGCUACAGGGCCUAAUCUUCCUGACUUGGCCAAAGGAACGAAAACGAUCGUGUCUCUGCCAUCCUUGAAUAUCCAUGAAAGGUCGAAGAAAGCUGUCACACAACAAGUCCAGCUCGGUGCUCCACAAGUUUCUUCCAACACCUUCCGCAAUACCAGACCGAUCGGUCCUGACCUCGUAAAAUUUCGCUUCAAGUACCGACCAAUCGAAAUCCUACGUGCCAACGGAAUUGCGCCGCCUCUCAACCGCGCCGUCUCUCCAUCUGAAUAUGUGGUGCUAAAGGAUGACAUUGAGAAAGUCAAGCGUCUGGAGGAAGAACUCUUGGCUACGAAAGCGCGGAUAGCAGCGAAGCAAGUGGACAAGAAGCCCCGGAUCAAGAGUGAGUGCGGGGUCAUUGACUUGACAGGGCCAAAUGAGACUGUGAACCCUCGUCCCAGGAAGAAGAUCAAGCGGGAGAAUGGGCCGAGCGAAGUUAUUGACUUGACUUGA